UACAGCCGGCAACGUCAUUGAGUCCAUUGGCCGCCGUGUGGACGCGUAACGAUGAGGUGCCGUGGUUGUUAGACGUGUCCGUUACUUUCAUCACAUCGUCUCUUAGUAGUUGCUCUCUCGAGGUUCGAAUUUCGUUUGCGAUAAGUACGCUACCUAAUUCGAAGAUGGAGUUCAAGUGGAUAUUGCUGUGUUUGUCCCUGCUUGCCGUGUCCACAGGUGUAGCGCGAGCUGAAGACGAAAUCGACGCAGAUGAAGAGAUGAUUGUUAGCGAGGACCAAGGAUUAGUCGAGACAGAGGGCGAUGAGUCUACGAUCGAAGACUUGGAGCCGACGGAUGCUGACACGUACUUGCUGUUCACCAAACCUGUGUUCGAGGAAAAAGCCAGCAUUGAAUUGCCAGCUGGUCGUUUGUCUGAAUUUCUCGUGGGAUUUACCAAUAAAGGAUCUAAUGAUUUAGUUUUGGAAACUUUGGAUGCUUCACUUCGUUACCCUAUGGAUUUCAAUUUCCACAUUCAAAAUUUCACUACUGUCUUGUUAGAGAAAACCAUUCCACCAGGAUCCCAGGCUACUCUUGGCUAUGCUUUUAUCCCAGCUGACGCAUUUGCCGGACGUCCAUUUGGACUCAGCAUCAAUCUUGCUUAUAGAGACUAUGAAGGAAAACAAAUGAUUAGUAAAUUAUACAACGAUACCGUAAACAUCAUUGAAGUUGAAGAAGGUUUGGAUGGUGAAACUCUGUUUUUGUAUGUCUUAAUGGCUGCUGCGUGUGUUCUUCUUUUGGUCGGUGGACAACAGUUUCUAUACUCUGUGGGCAAGAAACGCGUUGGUGGUGGUCUGCCAAGUCGCACAAGAACAAAUUUGGAAACUGGAACAAAAACUAGCAAACAAAUUGAUAUGGACUGGGUUCCUAAGAAUGUUCUCAAUCACCUAAAUAAACAAAAGGCACAAAGUCCAAAGCAAAAACGUGUGAAGAAAACAGAUUAAUCGAGCAAAGAAAGACUUAAAUUCAUUCAUUUUUCACCAAUGAAUGUAAUCAACUAUCAAAUUCCUUUAGAAAAAAAUUAAAUUCUAAAAAUUGUUGUUGUAAUUCCAUCUGACAACAUUGUGAGAAAUCAGAGUGCAUUUCUAACGUAUUCUUUUUUUGUUAUAUAAAUAGAUACUAAUUUAAUUGGUCUUCUAUUGUAAUUAUUAAAUAUAUAAUUUUGUUUUAUAUCAUAAAUUAAACAAAAUUAUAUUUGUAUGUUUAAUGUUUAAUUAUGUUUUUGUAUAGAUCAUAUUUUGAAAUAACAUUUUUAUCAUACAGAUGCAUUAAUAAUUUUGUGUUUGUAGUUUAUUAAUUUUGUGAAUACUAUAAUUCAAUUUUAUAAAUUAUUCAUACUUGUAUUAUAUACUUAUUCUGAAAAUAAAUGUGUUUGAAAAAAUUAAAAUUAAA